AUGAAGCCUGAUAAAGCCCCCGAAUUUGCCGUCUCAUUUGGUCGCAUCGACUGCAUCAACACGCUGCACUUCAAGCCCCUGCACAAGGCUGUACUCGGCCUCGUUCCUCUCCCUUUGGGACCUCUCCUUGACUGCUCUACUGCAGACAUCAACGUCCAGGACCGAGAAUGUCGUACCGGUCUAUCAUGGGCAACCACGAGGGACGACAUCGAAUCAUCGAGACUCCUGCUUGGACACGGCGCCGACGUCAUCAAAUCGGACAACCGAGGGUUCGGUCCAAUUCAUUCUGCCAAAAGUCUUCCCAGCCUCAAAUUGUUGCUUGAUCACAGCGUGGACAUCAUGUCGAAAACAGCAGUGGGCACUACACCCCUCCACUUUGUCUCUAGAUAUGGCCGUCACGACAUGAUGGAACUGAUGGUGAAAGCUCAUGCAGAUUCAAAUGCCUCAGACGCAGACGAUACUCCGCUCAUAUGCUCCACUUAUGACCAUCAGCCUAAGUCCACGGAAACGCUCCUCAAGCUUGGCGCAAAGCCGAACCUUGCGGCUAAGAGAUCAGGUUUGACGGUGUUGCACUUCGCAGUGACUGACAAUCAACAUGAUAUCAUACAACAACUGCUCUCGCAUAAUGCAGACUGUACUCUCAAGGCAGAAAAAGAGCGGAACAUAAUCCAUCUGGCAGUAAUUCAUGGAGAUCGCACAACAAUAGAUAUCCUCAGUCAAGCUAGGCUGAUGGGCAUUGAUCCGGAGGCGAGGGACUCUCUGGGCAAGACUGCUCGAGGAUAUUUCGAGGAGCAAUCUGAAGAGAGCGCACCAGGUACUGUGAGGCACGCUUUCACAGUGCGGCAUAAUACCCUCAUCGCAAGAAGGGGAUCACGAGAAGACGAUGUAUCACUCCCUGAAGUCUUUUAUGACGCUAUCAAAGAGAUUUAA